AUGGGAAACGUCUACUCAAUCACCCUCUGCGACCGCGACCUCCACCACGUCCCCGACGAUAUCUACAAGCACCACAAACAUGUCGCCAAACUGCUGCUUCGUCGCAACAAUAUCCAGGAGAUCCCACCAGAGAUCAAAGUCUUGACCAAUUUGGUUGAGCUCAGUCUUCGGGAUAACCUCUUGACCACAGUUCCCAUCGAGAUCACAAACUUGCGGUUGCUUCAGAAAUUGUCGCUAGCAAGCAACCGGCUGCAGGAACCGCCAGAGUCCAUAGCGGCGUUCUCGCAACUCACCUGGCUGUCCCUUGCCAGUAACACUUUGACGACGCUACCAGACUCGUUUGCGCAACUUCAAAAGCUUACAUCCUUGGACCUACAGCGGAAUCGAUUCGUCACCAUCCCAGACUGCGUCUUUGCAAUGAGGUCGCUCACCAUCCUGCUACUCCAAAAAAACCGCAUCACUACCAUAUCUCCCAAGAUCGGCUACUGCACCCAGCUAGUUUCGCUAAACCUAUCUUAUAACCGGAUUCAGCACCUGCCCGUCGAGAUGAAGGAGUGUCGGAACCUACAGCAUCUUUUACUCAGCGUCAACUCUAUUCAGGCAUUACCUUCGGUGCUCUGUGAAUCCUGGAUUAACCUCCUCAACCUGGACCUGCACACCAACGACCUCAAAGCACUACCCGCUCAGCUCGGCGGUCUUAAGACUCUUAGACGACUUAAUGUAGCUAUUAACAAGAUUGAGGAGAUCCCGCCAUCGAUCGGACAGCUGCUGCUCCUGGAAUGGCUUAAUCUGAACGACAACAAGCUGGUCACCCUCCCCUCGACGAUGGAUCAGAUGCAGAAACUGGUCAAGAUGGGCAUUGUACAGAACAAGUUACAGACACUCCCGGAGGCGUUGGCACGGUUAACCCUCCUUUACAAACUGGAUUGCAGGAGGAACGAGAUUGAAUACCUUCCGAGCGCGUUCAAGGACAUGCAAGGGAUCCACAGUUUACUUCUCGAAGAGAAUCCUUUGAGUUAUCGGUACGGUGUCUCCAACUACUCUCGCCAGCCCCCGACUUUACUUGAGCUCGCUGCAAGGGCCGUCUUAGACAGAUACAACCCACAGGACACCGAUUUCUCGGCCACAUCCGGGCACAGUGCAACGUCUUCUCCAGGAUCCUCAUCUUCGCCUUCACCUUCAAUCACCUCUAAUGGCGCAACGGCCGAUCAUGCGGGCAUUGGGAUCUCGAACCUGAUUCCAACGAUGAUGGAUCUGGGCCUGACUAAGGCAUCAACUCUUCCUCCUCCAGCUGGAUCGCAUGCUCCUUCAACCCCACAAAAGAGUCGCUACAACUUUUUCAGUCGUGCAUGCGCCACUGUCCACCCACUCCAUUCAUCAAAACUCUCACGUGCCACAACUGUCGCCAGUCAUCAUUCCGGCGACUCUUCUUCCUCCUCUUCUUCCUCGACAUCACCUUCCUCCACAUCCUUAGUAUCCUCUCUCACCGGUUCGUCAUUGACCCCAGGAUCUCUCCCAGUCGAAAACAACAGUACUAACAGCAACGGACGUCUAAGGAGGCUCAAGUCUUCGCCUCGCGGUCUCAAACCUCCCUCUAUUUUCAGCAGGUCUCGCACUCACAACGAGAAAGCCCGCAUCCAUGGCCUGUCCCGGUCAAAUUCAGUUGCUGGUUCAUCAGUGGCAUCAACAGUGGCGCGAGUAAGAACUCUCACCAAGAUCGAGCGACUCCUUGACCCAGAAGUAUCGCUCCUCCCUUUGCCAUUAAUUGACCUCCUCUCGCUGCCAACAACCUCAUGCGAUUACUGCGGUCGACGCAUGUGUACCUCUGGAUGGGUCGACUUUUUGGAGCCCGCCAAACUAGGAAACUCUCGUAUGAUCAUCCCGGUCCGCCAUCGAAUGUGUUCCCUGCAGUGCGUCCGUCAUCAACACCGAGAUAGCUUUGGAGGCGAGCUGACAGAUCUGUUUGAAUCGACGGAUUUCCAUGUUGGACCCAAUGGCGAGAUGAUUGGGUCGAGGCCAAUUGUGCCGGGCGAGUUGGACGAGUACAUGAUUGAGGCUGUUCAGGAGGCUGCUGAGGCUGCAGGAAUUUCGAUCACGCACUUGUUGGAGCAGCACCAGGUACAGCAGCAGGAACUGGCGCAAGCACAGCAGCAAAAUGGGGGACAGGUUGUGGUUUCGGAAGAAGCACAGGGCACGCAGGAUCAACCCAUUGAAGGCAUGCUACCACCCAUGCCCGGAGCCAUCCCCGGUGUGCAUGGCAGUAUCUCGAUCCAAGCCCUGAACCAGAUGAGUCUUGACGAUGGCAGCCAACAUCAACAGGCACCAGCCGGAUCAAGAGCGUCAUCCAUGCUCCGUCAAACAACAGCGCGCCUCCGUCGUUCGCUCUCUCAAUCUACAACACCGAUCGAGAUCCAAGUAGAUGCACAGGGCCAGCUCCGACGUGUCGUCUACCGUCAACAGAGGAGUACAAGCCAUCGUCGUCGACUGUUGGAGACAUUCCGGUCAUUGAGUCAGGUUGGACAAGCUAAUGGUCUUGGAGGCACUGGGGGUGGUGGUGGGCUUGGAGGACUUGGUGUUUUGGCAGCUGCUGGACUGGGCAACCAUACCGCUAAUAAUGCCUUUGGAACUGCAGCUGCCAAUGGUGGUGGUGGUAACAAUGUAGGAGGUGGUGGCGAUGCUGGUGGAGCUACACGGGGAGGUAACUCUAACCGUGCAGCAGGAGAAGUUAUGAACGUUACGACCUUUGCCGUAGAACUAGAGCGAUUUUGA